UUCAUAAUUCCAGAAUUAGAAAGAAGAAUAAAAUGUAAUGAUCAUGAAUACAAUACAAGUUUUGAAUAUGCUAACAACUAUAUCAGUACAUCUAAAUACAAUGUUUUUACCUUCCUGCCAAAGAAUUUAUUUGAACAAUUCCAGCGUUUGGCCAACGCCUAUUUUCUUGGCCUACUUAUUUUACAGUUGCUUCCUGUGAUUUCGUCCCUAACUCCGCUUACGACCGUCAUCCCCCUUGUGGCUGUCCUCAGUGUAACUGCUAUCAAAGAUGCUGUAGAUGACUUCCAACGACAUCGGAAUGACGAUAUCGUUAACAACAGAUUGUCGUACGUGCUGCGUAACGGGGAGCUGAUAGAAGAAAGAUGGCAUAAAGUCAUGGUGGGAGAUAUUAUUAAACUACAGAAUAAUGAAUUCAUAGCUGCUGAUUUACUACUAUUAUCUGCCAGUGAACCUAAUAGUUUAUGUUAUAUAGAAACAGCUGAAUUAGAUGGAGAGACGAAUUUAAAAGUAAAGCAGGCAUUAGAUGAUACAGCUGUUCUAGAAGACAAUCAUAGUAAAAUGGAUCAGUUUUCUGCUGAAAUAUUAUGUGAACCACCAAAUAAUAGACUGAGUAAAUUUGAAGGAAAGUUAACGAUGAAUAAUAAAGAAUAUUCAUUGGAUAACGAGAAGAUAUUACUACGAGGGUGUAUAUUACGUAAUACAGCCUGGUGUUACGGCUUGGUUAUAUUCGCAGGACGAGAUACCAAGUUAAUGAUGAAUUCUGGGAAGACAAAAUUUAAACGCACCCAUAUUGAUAGGCUGAUGAAUCUGCUUAUUAUAAGAAUUUUUCUAUUUUUGGUCACAAUGUGCCUGAUAACUACGAUAGCGUGUGGUGUAUGGGAAACAGCCGUUGGUUUCGACUAUCAGAAAUACCUCCCAUGGGAGUGGUUCGUUAACGAAAAUAAAGAACAAGGGGCAGCAACUAUCGGAGCUCUUGUAUUCCUGUCCUAUAUUAUUAUUUUAAAUACUGUUGUGCCUAUAUCACUCUAUGUGAGUGUUGAAAUAAUCCGUCUUGUAAAUAGUUUAUGGAUCAACUGGGAUGUUAAGUUAUAUUACGAGAAGAAAGAUACACCAGCUAAAGCUCGAACGACAACUUUAAAUGAAGAAUUAGGACAGAUAGAAUAUAUCUUCUCUGAUAAAACAGGCACUUUAACACAGAAUAUCAUGACGUUCAACAAGUGUUCUGUGAAUAGAAAAUCUUACGGAGAUCCGAUGGAUGAGUUCGGUAAUCUAUUGGAGAUAACAGAGAGAACACCAAGAGUAGAUUUUUCUGGUAAUUCCUACGCUGAAGAAUCGUUUGAUUUUUACGAUCCGUAUUUAUUAGAAGAUGUUAAACAGGGAGUGCCGGAGGUGGAGGCGUUUUUCCGUAAUUUAGCUUUAUGUCAUACUGUGAUGCCAGAAACUAAAAAAGAUGGGAGACUAGAAUAUCAAGCCCAGUCCCCUGAUGAAGGUGCCUUAGUUUCAGCUGCAAGGAACUUCGGCUUUGUUUUUAAGUCGAGAACACCUGCAACUAUAACUAUAGAAGUCCAUGGUCAAACUGAAAUUUAUGAGUUAUUAUGUAUUUUAGAUUUUAACAAUGUCCGUAAACGCAUGUCUGUGAUAUUAAGAAAAGAUAAUAAAAUACUGUUAUAUUGUAAAGGAGCUGAUUCAGUAAUAUUUGAGAGACUAGAUAGUUCUUGUCAAGAAUUAAAAGAUUUAACUUUAAAUCAUCUCAAUGAUUUUGCUCAAACAGGAUUACGAACACUCUGUUUAGCUUAUAAAGAAUUAGAUGCUGAUGUUUUUGAAGCGUGGAAAAAGAAACAACAUGCUGCAAGUACAUCAAUGGUAAAUCGAGAUGAUAAAUUAGAUGAAGUUUAUGAGGAAAUAGAAAAGAAUUUGAUAUUAAUAGGAGCUACGGCUAUAGAAGAUAAAUUACAAGAUGGUGUUCCUGAAACCAUCGCUAAUCUAGCUCAAGCUGGUAUAAAAAUCUGGGUCCUGACUGGAGACAAACAAGAAACUGCCAUCAAUAUCGGCUAUUCUUGUAAACUUCUCACCGAGGAGAUGGAAGAGCCGUUUAUCAUCAGUUCUGAUUCUUCGGAGGAGGUCCAGAAGGAAUUGCAGUCAGCUCUAGAUGAAAUUAAGGCGUUGAGAAGUGGUAAACAUGAAUCUGGUGUAGUGAUAGCUAAUGGACGUACCAAUGGUCACGUACCCAAUAAUACUGAAGAGUGUGGUGAAUUCGCUAUGGUGGUAAACGGUCAUAGUUUAGCCUAUGCAUUGAAACCAGAAUUAGAAGGAUUAUUCCUCGAGUUAGGGUUAUCGUGUAAAGCUAUAAUAUGUUGUCGAGUGACACCAUUACAGAAGGCACUAGUGGUGGAUUUGAUUAAACAACAUAAGAAAUCUAUAACGUUAGCUAUUGGUGAUGGAGCCAAUGAUGUUAGUAUGAUCAAGAUGGCCCAUAUUGGUGUUGGUAUAAGUGGACAAGAAGGAAUGCAGGCAGUGUUAGCCAGUGAUUACGCUCUAGCUCAGUUCCGUUACCUCGAAAGACUUUUACUUGUUCAUGGACGUUGGUCAUAUCUACGAAUGUGUAAAUUCUUGCGAUAUUUUUUCUAUAAGAAUUUUGCGUUUACUUUGUGUCAUUUCUGGUUUGCCUUUUUCUGUGGAUUUUCUGCACAGACAUUGUAUGAUCCGUAUUUUAUUUCAUUGUAUAAUGUGUUCUAUACAUCACUUCCUGUUUUGGUCUUAGCCAUGUUGGAUCAGGAUGUAAAUGAUGACUAUUCAGUUCGUUAUCCUAAACUCUACCUGCCUGGUUUACAAGACGCACUUUUUAAUAAACAGAAAUUUUUAUGGAGUGUUGGAGAGGGGGUGUUAACUUCGUUAAUUUUAUUUUUUAUCCCCUACGGAGCGUUCCUCUACUCUCACGGUAAUUCUGGACAAGAUUUAGUGGAUCUACAAUCGUUUGGUACGGUAGUGGCUGCCAUUCUUGUGGUAUCCACCAACAUAAGAUGUGCUCUGGAUACAUCAUAUUGGACAGGAUUUAAUCAUUUUGUGAUCUGGGGUAGUAUUAUCUACUUCUUCUGUUUUAUUCUGGCCUUUUACUCCGACGGAAUUGGAUAUUCGUACGUGGGAGUGGCGUUAUCUGUGUUUUCAUCACCGAACUUCUGGUUGUGUCUGCUACUAACGUGUACUGUGUUACUAGUCCCAACAGUGGCGUAUCGAUUUUAUCAGACCAACAUAACUCCAAAUCUUGCAGACAAAGUGCGACUUCAACAACGUAUGAAGAAAACGAAAUCACGAUCGCGAGAUCUCAACAUUCGCAGACAAUCUACAAUGCGUCGAAGUACAAGAUCUAUUCGAUCAGGUUAUGCAUUUGCUCACCAAGAAGGUUUUGGUGAACUUAUCACCAGUGGAAUCAAUAUGAGAGACAGAGCUCAAGACCGUACCAAAAGUCCUGUGACAUUGACCAAAAUAACACGCCAUAAUAGCGGUAAACCACAGAAAAAUAACGCUGUUCAACCAGACACAAACUCGAACAACAUGAUUGUCGAACAUUUAUAG